CUCUAAUUUCCUACUACCAACUGUAGUGAAAGAUCUAGACCUGUGGAAUCUCUACUUUAGCGACAAUGCUGUCGGGAUCCUUGAAGGUCAAGACGACUGUCCCGUGGACGCGGUUAUUCUACCCCGGCCGCCGAUGCAUGGCGCACGUCGCCGAUAUCACAGACAUACCAACUGAAGACGACAAGCCAUUCAACGUCCCCAUCCCGGAAGAAAGCUAUGAGACCUACAACCUCGAACCACCCCCACUUACUCUGGAAACGACGAAAGGACAGCUUAAGCAAUUAUACCAUGACUUGUUCAUGAUAAGGCGCAUGGAACUGGCAGCCGACAAAUUGUAUAAAGAGGGGAAGGUCCGUGGCUUCUGUCAUUUAUCCAUUGGCCAGGAAGCAGUUGCAGUAGGGGUUGAACAUGGAAUCUCCAGAGACGACAAGCUCAUUACAGCGUACCGCUCCCACGGAACCACCCUGAUGCGUGGCGCUACCGUCAAGUCUAUCCUUGGCGAACUCUUAGGACGUCAAGAUGGCAUCUCCCACGGAAGAGGGGGCUCUAUCCACAUGUUUCGGAAAAACUUCUUUGGGGGAAAUGGUAUUGUAGGAUCGCAUGUUCCAGUUGGGGCAGGAAUUGCGUUUGCUCAGCAGUAUAACAACAAUGACAGUGUGACGGUUGACAUCUUCGGCGACGGAGCGGCGAAUCAGGGACAAGUCCAUGAGGCCUAUAACAUGGCUAAAUUAUGGAACUUGCCUAUCAUUUUCUGCUGCGAGAACAACAGGUAUGGCAUGGGCACCUCCGCGGAAAGGUCAUCCGCAAUGACCGAGUACUAUAAGCGCGGCCAGUACAUCCCCGGCCUGCGCAUCGACGGAAUGAAUGUCCUAGCUGUUCUCGCUGCGAUGCGACACGGGAAAUCAUUCGUCCACGCCGGCAACGGACCGCUGCUGUUCGAAUUCCAGACAUACAGAUAUGCCGGGCAUUCGGUGUCUGAUCCAGGCACAACAUAUCGGUCCCGAGAGGAGAUUCAAAGCGAGCGCGAUCAUGACCCCAUCGCCGUUCUCAAAGAUAAAUUGAUUGCCUGGAGCGUCGUCUCGGAAGAGGAAGCGAAGGCGAUGGAGAAGGAAGUUCGCAGCAAGGUCGACCGCGAGGCGGAAGAGGCCAAUCAUAUGCCUAUCCCGGAGCCAAGGUUGGACGUGCUGUUCCAAGAUAUCUAUGUCCCUGGAAGCGAACCGCCGCAACAGCGGGGCAGAACCGUCGACGAGACAUGCUACUAG